CUCCGGUCUAUUGUAGAAUUACCGACAUUCUUACAAAUGCCGGAAUGCACAAAACUAAUGUAAUUUUUAACAACGAGCACAAAACAUCGAAUCGUGCUUCAUUAGAAUCAACAGAUAUUGUUUCACUGGUUGCCAAUUCUCCAAGAAUUGAUUCAUCGGGUCUGAAGUCGGCUGAAAAUUAUUCGGACGAAUCUAAAGCUACUGAUUUUGCUUCGAUAGUCUCCCGAGUCAUCCAAUCAACGCAGGAGAGAAGUUCUGGUGAUUGCGGUACGCCAAAAGCCGAGGAAAAAGUUCUACCACCAGUACAAGAUAAAUUCACUACUUCUAAUCAAAAGGCGAUGCAACUAUCUUUGCUGCAACAACAACAGACUGGUGGUUUGAAACAAUUGGAUAAGACAGUGAAUUGCACAGCAGCGAUCGUGGCUGGUCAUCCACCUGCCGAUUCCCCCAAUAGCAACCGGGGUGACGCAUCUAACCCUAAGGAAUCAGGAGGAGAGAAUCCAAUUGCAGCGGCAAUGGUUGCUGCUGCAGCCGCAGCUGCGUCAGGAGUACCAUCUGGAGGACUUCCCUUCAAUCCAGCCUCGUUAUUAUCUUCUCAACUGGGGUCACAACAGAUCCAGCAACUGCUAUCCCAACAAAUAUUGUCUCCCCAACAACUGCAGUCGCUGAUGCAACAACAUCAAGUCAUGGCCGCUCAACAGCAUCAAGCUCAACAGCUUCAAGAACUAUAUCGGCAGCAACAAAAACAUAUUCACGAUAUUCAGAUUCAGAUGACACGACAGCAUGGCAAACGUACGGGAGCUGCUACAAGCGCCCAAAACGAUCACAAUAAUAACAAUAAUAGCGGCGACGAGGGCAAGCAUUCCGGGGAUCAAAACCAACAAGCCCUUCAACAACAAAUAGCCCUUCAGCAGCUUGUUCAACUCCAGCAAAUGCAGGCUCAACACCAUCAACAGCAGCAGCAAGCCGCGGCUUUGCAACAACAGCAGCAGGGUUUAGCCGCUGCAGCUGCCGCAGCACUUGCUCAUGGGCGGACUUUACCACCCCUAUCGUCACCGGAACUGCAGCAAAUUUGGAAGCAGAUGACGGAAAGUGCUGCAUUUCAAGCGGCAGCGGUAAUGGCUGCUGCAUCUGGAAAGUCAAGAUCUGCUGAUCACUUCGAUACACAGUCAAGUGAGAAAAUGUUUUCUUCUCCUAUAGAGGAAAGAAAGCCCAUCGACAUGAACGGCGAAUCUGUCAGGAGAAGUUCCCGAGAAAGUUCUCCUGGCACUAUGGAUCAAGGGACAGCAUGUAUAUACGCACACGGUGUUUGUAAAUGGCCUGGCUGUGACACUGAAUGCGCAGAUCAAGUCGAGUUUCGACGGCAUUUAAAUCAAGAUCACAGACUCGAUGAUAAAAGUACAGCGCAAUGCAGAGUUCAGAUGCAAGUCGUAGAACAAUUAGAAAAACAGUUAAACAAAGAACGAGAACGUUUGAAUGCAAUGAUGUCUCAUCUACAUAACAUGGAAGACAUUAGAGAGCAACAACAGCAACAAACACAAGAUAACCCGGGAAGAAAUAGCCAGGAUUCUGACGAUAUUUCUAGAUUGAACGAUCAUUUAACUCGACCUACGUUACUGAAACCUGAUCAUCAUUUGAUGUCCGUAUCUCACGCAUUGACGCAGCCUGGAGCUCAUAUCAUGGGUCCAAUGUUCAAUUCCAUGGCUGGAAGUGUUCUGGGCGGGGCGGGAUCCAGUCUCAGUCUUCCAGCUAGUCCAAACGGAUUUUCGUCAUCCAUGUUAUCGAACUCUCUCUCGCACUCUCCUCCGAGCAUGGCGUCGCAUUUUUCAACAGGCGGAUCAGUGAAUAACCUCAGUGGAAGAGAUCCAUCUGCAAUGGUGCAGUCUACAAGAAGAAGACAUUCUAAUGCUAUCCCAAUUUCUGCAGAACUAAGUCAAAAUCAAGAAUUUUAUAAAAAUGCUGAUGUCCGACCUCCAUACACAUACGCAUCACUGAUAAGACAGGCAAUCAUAGAAACACCAGAUCACCAACUAACACUGAAUGAAAUCUACAAUUGGUUUCAAAGAAAGUUUGCAUAUUUCAGGAGGAAUACAGCAACGUGGAAGAACGCAGUGAGACACAAUCUCAGUCUUCAUAAAUGUUUUGUGCGAGUUGAAAACGUGAAAGGAGCGGUUUGGACAGUCGAUGAAAACGAAUAUCAGAAGCGGAGACCGCAAAAGUUCUCCGGGAGUCCUAUCAUGCGAGGACGAAUUGAACCACAAGUAUAUUAUGGAAAUUCACUCAAUCAAACAGCAAUGCAGAUGGCUUUAGGCGAGCAUGGUUUUAGUCCAGCCCUGUUUGCUGCAAGUCAGCAGGCUCAAGCUGCAUUAUUGAGCAGUCAAUCGGCUGCAGGAAACUUUGUAAAAUCUCAAUCAGCAACUUCGGUAGCUGAAAUGAUGGAAGAAUCGAAUAGAAUUCGAAAACGAAGUGCUUCACCUUCCAGAAAUACUAUGUUCGGAGAAGAUCUAGUCAUGGAUAAAAUAAAGAGAGAAAGGGCAGCAGAAAUGACAGAAAACAAUUAUGAAUCUUCGUCACAAUCUCCACCCUCAAUACAAGAAGUUAAACCAGAUAUUCGCAAUGCUAAUAAUAACAGCAGCAAGUACACUGGAGGCGGGGAAUACGGAAGCCCUGAACCCCAAUCACCAGAAAUGUCCACGCCUUUAGACAUGAGUCGCACAUCACCUAUUUUACGAGCCCACGGCCGCAUGAGUGACGAAAACGAUGCCACAGCGCAAAGAGAUGUCUUGCAACAACAGCAAAUGGAAUCAGAUGCCUCCGGUGAAAGCGAUGGCGCACUCGAAAGCAGUGACAUCCAUCAGUCACAUCCCGCUACCAUGAUUCCCACUCGAGGUUCAUUUACGAUGCUGCAAGAACAGCCUAGCGAUUAAAAAACUGCCAUGGGUUUUAUGUUCAUCUCGGUGAUAUGUUACGUUGACCGCGCGUCGUCUUUUACAUAUUUAUAACCCGUGAUCCAGUUGGGGCUUGUGGAAACUCGAGACAAGUUGAGGCUUAGAAAGCUGAGAGAUCUUCAGACAAUCAGCCUACUGUGCAUAUUAACGUUACUAAACUGUGGUACGAACAUAGUGGAAUUAUUUGAUUCUGCAUUAUAAUUGAUGUAGAUCAUUGCAAAUUCAGUUGCGAUUAUUUUGUGUAUUGUUUGUUAAUUGGCGAAAAAUAAUCGUUUGGGAAAAAAUUGCAUUGAAAACUGUCGACAUCCAUUCCAAACGCUGGAAUUAUCUGUUUUCUCACAAAUCAUUGGGUAUAAAAUUGUCAUGUAGUUGGUAUUCUGUUUGAGCGAGCACUGUCUUCCACUUCUACCUCUGUGAGCUCAAUAAAUGAUAUUAAUUCGAAUGAGUUAAAAUUAUAUGAGAAAGCAGAAAGACCGAAUAAUAAUAUUUGAUUGCGUAAUAAACAAACGUGAUUAAUGAUAAGUCUACAUAUAGGCAGAAAUGACCUCUCUGACCCCUUAGGAAAUUGAAUGAUUGAGUUUACGGACCCAUUUGUUCAAGUUAUGCAUUGUAAACUGACAAUAUAAUUAUUCCUAUUGAAGGUGGUUGUAAUAUGUUUUACAUUAAAAUGCACAACGAGACUUUAAUGCAGUGGCUUGUAACGUUUCUGUAUUUUUUUUUAUUUAUAUUAGUUUUGCUUAUUUUCUGAUUUAUUUAUUUUUUUUCUUUGCUGGCUUUUUGAGUUUUAUUGAUUCGGUUUUUAUUGAAAUUUUAACGCGUUGUUCCUUCAGUUUCUCGAUGUCGACCACACCCAGAAAGUAAAUGUUAACCCUAACGGGAAAGCUAUUAUGGUCGCAUUCUAAUAUCUCGUUUUGUUGUCAAUUUCAAAUUAAAACUACUAUUCGUUUAACGACUUUAAACUGGUCGCAUAUGUAUUCAAAUGUAAACACAAAAAUUGAUUUCAAGAUUUGACGUUUGCAUCAACAUGGAGAUUUCUGGUUUAAAACGUGUUUAGUUGCCCAACCCGUGAUUUUUACAAACCUGAGUAGAUAGCUUUCUACGUAUAAAUUCCGAACAAUUAUGUCGGUAUAACCCAAAACUAAAGAGAGAGCAUUUCCUAGCUUAAACUCAUGUAAAAAACUUGACAGGAGAUUACAGCAAUUUGUGGGGUUGUUGACUCCAAAAAUUGUUCAGUAUUUAAUUAAACCAUGAUUUAAGAGCUUUGAUUUUCGACAAUGAGUAAUAAAUCAAGCACAGAUUGCAUCUUGUACAUUCACUGUUGUCUUCUAGUCACUGACGAAAAUGCUUUACGCUUUGUGACAUCACUGUUUAUUUGAUUAUUAUAUAAGAACUGCAAAAAACACAAAUUGAAGAUAAAUUACGAGAUCAAAUGUAGAAUCAAAUAGUCUCGUUGUUGAUAAUUUGAUGGCGUCAUAGCCUCUUUAAUAUUGUAGUUAGUUUUUUAUUAUUAUUUUUUUAAAAGGCUUUCACGCAAUCAUGUUAAUUAGAGCGGACCAAAGCAUAAUUUAUAUGAUAAUUCUCGUUCCCAGCCUCAUUGCAUUUUUUUAAUAUUGCAUUUUUUUUUCUACUGACAUUUUUUUGAAACUGUGUCUGUGAACACUCCAACGGGAUGAAGUACGAUGUAUACAGUAAUUCAAUUAAUAUGACUAGGUUAACGGAUAUUCAUCUGUGACCUGGUAGAACAUACAAAUUUCUCUAGUACACAACGGCUUGUAUGCCUGCCUGUUUGCACGUAGCUAGCUUAUUAUUGGAUUCCGCCAUUGGUAAAUUAUAACUUAAUUCCACAAGCCUUUACGCUCAUUCCAAACUCUUCUUUAUAAAAGUUACUUUGGCUGUUCAAUAUUAUGUUUCAAAGAUGAUUUCGAUGCGAUUUCGAAGAAACCUUCAGCCUACCAAUCGUAUCGUACCUACUGUGUAUUUAUUGCUAUACUCACAUUGCAAAUAUAAUUUCUUAUUCACGCAA